CUGCUUGCAGAGGAUUGGCCCUUCGGUGUCGAAAUGUGCAAAUUAGUACCCUUCAUUCAAAAGGCAUCAGUGGGCAUCACAGUGUUGAGUUUGUGUGCCCUCAGCAUAGAUAGGUACCGAGCAGUUGCUUCUUGGAGUCGCAUUAAAGGAAUUGGAGUGCCGAAGUGGACUGCUGUUGAAAUUGUACUGAUCUGGGUUAUAUCGGUGAUAUUGGCCGUUCCAGAAGCUAUUGCAUUUGACAUGAUUACAAUGGAGUACAGAGGAAAGGAACUUAGAAUCUGCCUGCUUCACCCCACGCAGAAAACAUCCUUUAUGAUGUUUUACAAGCAAGCUAAAGACUGGUGGCUGUUUAGCUUUUACUUCUGUUUGCCACUGGCUAUCACAGCAUUUUUCUAUACUCUCAUGACCUGUGAGAUGUUACGAAAGAAAAGUGGGAUGCAGAUUGCUUUAAAUGACCACUUAAAACAGAGACGUGAGGUGGCCAAAACUGUGUUCUGUCUGGUACUUGUUUUUGCCUUGUGUUGGCUCCCACUUCACUUAAGCAGAAUAUUGAAGCUCACUAUUUAUGAUCAGAAGGACCCCAACAGAUGUGAACUUUUAAGCUUUUUUCUUGUGAUGGACUACAUUGGCAUUAACAUGGCUUCGCUGAAUUCCUGCAUCAAUCCCAUAGCUCUGUAUUUGGUGAGCAAAAGAUUCCAAAACUGCUUUAAGUCAUGCUUGUGUUGCUGGUGCCAAUCCAAAGAUCUGUUGUCCUUGGAGGAAAGGCAGUCCUGUUUAAAGUUCAAAGCUAAUGAUCACGGAUAUGAUAAUUUCCGCUCCAGUAACAAGUACAGCUCUUCAUAAAGCAAGUGUAAAAGGUAUAUUCUCUUAUAUUAAUGCUGGUGCCUUUUUAAGUAAAAGUGGCAAUUAUUCUUAAUGAGAUGGUAACGUUUAGAAAAAUCUAGUUUUGUGUUUGCACAGAAAAGGUUAUAAAAAAAUAAUUGCCACAAAACUGCGUCACGUUCAAAAUCAUGGACGUUUAUAAAAUCGUCAUUUAUGGAACAUGAAGAAAAGCAUAGAAAGAACAAGUCAUUGUUAGCACUUGAAUACUUCUGAAUCAGCACUUCCAAAUGAUCCCCACUUCCUGUACAUUAAAUGAUCAUUUGUAUUCGCUAUAACAGUUGUAGGAACUGAAGUCACAGUAAUUACUAAGCAGUAUAAUAUAACGUUAAUUGGAUCAAAGCCAUUAUUAUAUAUAAAUCAAUGUAUUAUCUUUUAUAAAGCAGAUUAACCACCAUCACUAUUUUGGCUUUUUUUAAAUAAAACAUGAAAUACUUUGUAAUAGAAGUUUAAAUGUAAAAAAGUGGAAUUUUUGUCAGGUAGCUAAUGAAAAUAUUAAAGGAUACAGUCAAGUUAAA